AUGAAAUCGGAAGCCGGCAAAGUUAGUAACAGAAGGAUUGACAUGUCGCCGCCCUCCGCGAUUGAAAUAUCGGACGAAGAGUUGGUGUCCAUCUCCGUGAGGGACCUAAAUCGUCAAUUGAAACUUCGCGGCCUGACGCGAGAGGAUAUUGUCAAAAUGAAGCAGCGUCGAAGGACUCUCAAGAACCGAGGAUAUGCAGCAAGCUGCCGUGUCAAGAGGGUUGAGCACAAGGGAGACCUCGAGUCUGAACGAGUGCAAGUUGAAAUUGAGUUGGACCAGUUUCGGACUGAAAAGGCGCGUUUACGCAGCGAUAUCGCCGGUCUUGAGCAGAAGUGCCAAAGACUGAUUGAGUAUGCCGAUGCCCACAGUAUUGUCCUAGCCAUGGACCUACUGCGCGAUCAUCAUCAGCAGGACGCGGCUGCCUAUUGA